AUGUACCAUAUUGUGCGGAACGUACCAGACGAUAAAAAUUUUUGGUUUUACGUUUAUAUAUCGAAAAAAUUGAAAUGUUUCCGGUGGUUCUUACGAGAUAUCGUUAAAUACAGUGCGUUUGACGUAGAAUUGGAUAUGCGGUUGGUGUAUCAAUGCAGAGUUAUGGGCGGCGCUACAGAUCACGGGCACGCGGCUUGGAACGAGUACCUUAAGGGUUCAUCGUUGGUGUACGGCAUUCGCACAGAUUUCAAGCUGAACAAUGUCGAAUAUCUGAACAAGUUGGCGUAUUUGGUAGCGUUAAAACGCAUCACGUCGAUCGACCGCAGCUUUGUGUACGGAACAAAAUUGAAUUUUUUAGAUCUCGCCACGGGCUCGACGCAUCGGUCUUUUGAACAGCCGUCGAGAAAUGCUGUUCGUGCUGAUAUCGUACGACAUUGUAACAUUGCUGGCACGCUUUUCACUCGACUGUAA